AUGGGGGUAGGAGGGGGGGGGGGGGGGGGGGGGGGGGGGGGGGGGUGGGGGGGGGGGGGGGGGGGGGGGGGGGGGGGGGGGGUGGGGGGGGGGGGGGGGGGGGUGGGGGGGGGGGGGGGGGGGGGGGGAGGGGGGCAGGGGUGGGGGUGGGGGGGGGGGGGGGGGGGGGGGGGGGCGGGUGAUGGUUGGGGGGGGGGGGGGGCGGUGGGAGGGGUGGGGUAUAGGGUCGGGGAGCGGGGGGGGGGGGUGGGGGGGGGGGGGGGGGGGGGUAGGGGGGCUAGGGGGUUGGGGGGGGUGGGGGGGGAGGGGGAGGGGGGGGGGGUGGGGGGGGGGGCCAAAAGGGGUCUUGGGUUUUUAGGUGUUGCCAGAAGGCAGGUGUGGUGGAGGGGGGUGGGGGGGGGUGUGGGGGGGGGAGGCCAACUGGGUGGGAGGUAG